AAUCUCAUCAACGCCAACCCCUCUAUAUAUCCAUCUCCGCCUCACGAUGCAUCUCUUCUUCUUCUUCUUCUUCUUCUAAAUUCUCGACUUUUUUUCUUCAAUCAUAAUUUGCGCUUUAGAUUCCCAAUCCCAGUCACAGGCGAAUCAGAUUGAGUGUCUGUUAUUUAAUCGUAUAAGACUUCGAUGAUUCGAUCUGUAAUUUGUUCGAAUAUUGUUUUCCAAUUGGUGAAUUUGAUCGAAAAGUGAAGGGGAUGGUGAGAGGAUUGGUGGCGCGAUUUUAUUGAGAGCGAAGAAAUGCCAGGAUUAGCUCAGAAGAAUGAUCAGAGAUUCCUCGACGGUGGUGCGGUUUCGUUCAACGGAUCCGGGAGUGGAUUCUGGUCCAAGCAUCGCGACGACGUCAGCUACAAUCAGCUCCAGAAGUUUUGGAGUGAACUUCCACCCCAAGCUCGGCAGGAGCUUUUGAGAAUUGAUAAGCAAACCCUUUUUGAGCAUGCUCGUAAGAAUAUGUAUUGCUCUAGAUGCAAUGGGCUAUUGCUGGAAGGUUUUUGGCAAAUUGUUACGUACGGCAAGUCAUUGCAACAGGAGGGAACAUGCGUCCAUCAUGCUUGGGCUGGUAUAGGAACCUUGAAAAGUCAAGGUGAAGAUGAUGCACACGAUCCAUCUGUCCACCCUUGGGGAGGUCUAACCACAACUAGGGAUGGAGUUCUCACCUUACUAGACUCGUAUACAUUAACAAAAUCUUUGAAAGGACUCCAAAAUGUUUUUGACAGUGCACGUGCAAGGGAACGUGAACGGGAGUUGCUUUAUCCUGAUGCAUGUGGUGGAAGUGGUAGAGGUUGGAUAAGUCAAGGAAUGGCAGGUUAUGGAAGGGCUCAUGGAACAAGAGAAACAUGUGCUCUUCACACUGCCAGACUUUCUAUUGAUACCUUGGUAGAUUUCUGGUCUGCACUUGGAGAAGAGACUCGGCAUUCUCUUCUAAGAAUGAAGGAGGAGGACUUUAUCGAAAGGCUUAUGUACAGAUUUGAUAGCAAGAGGUUCUGUAGAGAUUGCCGAAAGAAUGUUAUACGUGAAUUUAAGGAGCUAAAGGAACUUAAGCGGAUAAAGAGAGAACCUCGUUGCAACAGCUGGUUUUGUGUAGCAGACACAGCAUUUCAAUAUGAGUGUGUAAUGUGCCUUCAUCUNGGAAAAUCAGACAUCUUGGAGUUUGAAAAUGUUGGUUUGAGUGGAAGAGUUGAAGUGAAUGGUCUAGACCUUAGUGGGCUGAGUGCAUGCUACAUAACUCUUAGGGCAUGGAAAACAGAUGGCCGUUGCUCUGAGAUAUCAGUGAAAGCUCACUCUAUGAAGGGGCAACAAUGUAUACAUUGCAGGCUUGUGGUGGGUGAUGGUUAUGUUACAAUAUCGAGAGGGGAAAAUAUCAAAAGGUUUUUUGAGCAUGCUGAAGAGGCCGAGGAAGAGGAGGAUGAUGAUUCCAUGGACAAGGACGGAAGUGAUCUUGAUGUCGAGUGCACCCGUCCUCAAAAACAUGCCAAGAGUCCUGAACUUGCUCGGGAGUUUCUUCUUGAUGCUGCAACUGUAAUUUUCAAAGAACAGGUUGAAAAGGCCUUCAGAGAGGGAACAGCACGCCAAAAUGCUCAUAGUAUAUUUGUAUGUCUUGCAUUGAAGUUACUGGAAGAAAAGGUGCAUGUGGCAUGCAAGGAUAUAAUUACUUUAGAGAAACAGAUGAAGCUUCUUGAAGAAGAAGAGAAGGAAAAACGUGAAGAAGAGGAACGGAAAGAGCGAAGACGAUUAAAAGAAAAGGAGAAAAAACUUCGUAGAAAGGAGAGAUUAAGAGAGAAGGGAAAGGAUAGAGAGACAAAAAGUUCUGGCUUGAACCAGGACCAUUGUGAGAUUGUAAAGGAUGAAGUGUCAUCUUGCAUGGAUGAAGAAGAGUCCAGUGUUAUUGACAGCAGGCACUCUGGGAGUGAGACAGAGGAAGCCAUUGCACCGACUUUGUCUCAAAACAAUCAAGGCGACGUACCUAUAAAUGGACACAGCCCUUCGAUUACUUCACUUUGCACUGAUGAUUGUACUAACGGCGAUUUUGUCAGUUUGAAAGAUGAAAGUGAGUCUUAUCAGCAUGAUGAUUUCAGAUACUCUCGCCAAAAAAAGAUGUUUUGGAAAGACGUUCAUGUUGACUCGGGGUUGAAAUACUCAGAUAGGAGGCCAUUUGUUUCAGAGAAUAGGGACAUGGUUAGGCAACAUGAAGUAAGGCGCCAUUGUGAUAGAUCAAACAAGCAAUUGAGAAGUAAUGUAAGAAAUGGUGGGCCCAAGUUCAGUCAUUGCCCUAAUCAUCGACUGAAUGACAGAUAUGACUUCCAUUCGUGCAGCUGUAACCAACACCCUGAUUACCGAGUGAAGGUAGACCAACCUUCCAUGGCCAGAGGGAUCUGGGAAGCUAAACCAACUAGUAAGUCAAGUUCUUUAACGGAUACUUCCAAACAGUAUGUUAUGCAAAAUUAUGCCAUCCCUAAAAACAAAAUCAGUUCUGGGAGUGGUUACCGUUCUAACAGGGAUUUACCUGCCACCAAGAAAGUAUGGGAGCCAAUAGCCACAUUAAGAUCAUCUACAUUUUGUCCAGAAACUGUUGAAAUGAAUAAGCACCUCAAGUCUUCUCCUUCCAACAGCUCUGAUGAAAUGUCUGAGGUUUCUGCUCAAAACAGUCACGAAGAGACGAGUGAAAAAGAUUCCAGAACCUCUAGUAUUGAUUCGGAAAACAGUUCCCAAAGUGACGAGGUUAAGUCCCCACUGUGUCUGAAGGAAGUAUCAAACAUGGAAGGUGAAUCAUCAACAAACAGCCCUUCUAGUUCUGAUAAUUGCUCGUCCUGUCUCAGUGAGGGAGACAGCAAUGCGUCAUCUGCAAAUCUUCUUAACCCAGAAUCUUCAUCCAUGUCAGACUCCGAAGAUUCCAGUCAAAAUUCAGAAGAAAGACCGGCGUGUCUUCAAAACGGAUUCGGUGAACGUCAUGAAGAUACACCCAGUAAAAAGCAAACUACUGAAAGUGAAAGUCCAGUUAGCAUUAAAAAACCACCAUCAAGUAGUAUAGCAUCGGCAUCUGCUUCUGUAGUUUCACAUGGUGGUGAAAGAUCAAGUGUUGCCCUGGGAAUCCAACCACAACCCGUACCUCCUAUUCAUCAUAAUAGCCAGAACGUUCACUUUCCAAUGUUCCAAGCUUCAACAAUGGGUUACUACUAUCAGAGUCCAGUUUCCUGGGCAGUCCCACCGGCGAUGUCAUAUCAUCAUCCCACCAGCCACUAUGUAUUCACAAGCCCUUUUCCAUAUGGUACGAACGUUGGCUCACCGUUUAUACAGUACAGUGCCUUUCAGCCUAUGCCUCAGCCGUUGUUUACCAGUCUCCCUCCUGCUGGUCACCAUUUAACCGUGCUCCAGCCCGCAUCUCAAGCCAACGGUGUUGAUCUAAAAGAGAAUAAUAACAAUAAUAGCAAUACGAAGGCUUGGUAUCAAGGUGGGGUGGUGAAAGAUGACCAUCACGAAGAAACAACUUGGCAAAACGGGAAGUGUAACAAGAAAACAGAUUUGGGAGAUUCGGGCUUCUCUCUUUUUGCCUUCUCUGAUCCUAUCUCUGUUAAAGAAGGGACCGUUGGGAAUUUCACUUCGAAUUUGUCAAGAGAUUUGGGGAACGGUUGUUGUGAUCUUCAUCAUGGCAGCGAUGAGAAGGAUCCUGUAGAGGAAUACAACCCGUUUGCCAAUGGCAUUGAGUUUUCGUUCUCUGAUAUAGUUAACCAACCUCAAUGAGGUAGCUGCUCUCAUUUGAAAAACGAACGAAACAAAAAAAAUCGCAGUUUCUAUUAUACAUUGAGUGAUGGAAAGCUGGAGCAUUUGUAUCAUGCCACACAAUAAUGCUCCUCUGAACAUUUUGGCCUUUUUUUUCGUGAUUUAGUUGAUUGGAUCAUUUUUCGUUGUUUUCUUUUUUCAAGAAUCUAUUUGAACAGAAAGAAAGAUUGAGAGAAUGUCGUAGUAAAGUUUAUAAGUUUUUUUUUAAUAUUCAAUUCAGUUUUUCUUAUGGAACAUUUGGCUUGAUUUU